AUGGAUCCAGAUCCGAUUGUCGGACUAUUUGAUAUCCAUCGGGUCAUACGCCCUACAAACUUGCUAGAAAUUGGACUAAUCGGCAGAGACAUCCUACGCCGAAGUUCGAGGGAGGGCGAAGAAGAAGAGAAGAGGAAGCCGAUAGUGGUGAUACUGGUGGGUGCACCAGGUAGUGGCAAAUCCACCUUCUGCGAUCAUGUCAUGCGGGUCUCUACCCGACCAUGGGUCCGAGUGUGCCAGGACACGAUUGGAAAUGGUAAGGCUGGAACCAAAACUCAAUGCCUGAUGAGUGCUGCAAGUGCAUUGAAGGCUGGCAAGAGUGUAUUUAUUGACAGAUGCAAUUUAGAUAGAGAACAGCGCUUAGACUUUGUAAAUAUUGGUGGCCCUCAAGUAGAUGUGCAUGCUGUGGUGCUUGAUCUUCCUGCAAAGCUUUGUGUUUCUCGGUCUGUAAAGAGGACUGGGCAUGAAGGAAAUUUGCAAGGUGGAAAAGCUGCUGCUGUUGUCAACCGAAUGCUGCAAAAGAAGGAACUCCCAAAGUUGAGUGAAGGGUUCGCUCGAAUAAUGCUUUGCCAGAAUGAAAGUGAUGUUCAAGUUGCUAUUAAUAUGUACAAUGCACUUGGUCCAUUAGAUACCCUUCCAUCUGGUUAUUUUGGCCAGAAGAACCCAGCCGCUAAAAUUCAACUUGGUAUAAUGAAGUUCCUAAAGAAAGUCGAUGGCCCCAGUAGGGCAGGANGUUAG